UCUUCCCUCCCAUUCAAGCACUAAAAUCCAUCCAUCAGACUCAAACCCGGCAAAAAUCACCCAAACCGAAAUGGUUUUUCUCAACCGAAAUUCUUCCACACGCAGAAAAGCCCCUCCAAUCCCCACCGUCGAAGCCACCACUGGCCCACGGCCAUCAGGUGAUCACGUCCACACAAUGCUGGCCGUGCUAGCUGACGCCGGGUGCACUCUUCGCACCCCCAGCGGCCCGCCGCUCCCUCCCUCCGAUCCUCACAAGCUCCGUCGCAACCUCGAAAACCGCCUCUCUGCCGACCCUUCGCUCCUCGCCGAUUUCCUCUCUGGCUUCUCUUCUUACAUCCAAAACCCUGAAAAUCUCAAAAGGGUUCUCAUCUCCGGACCGAGCGAUGGUGGCGGUGAUGCGUCGUCCUCCCGAACUGAUAGUCUUGUGCGGACGCUCCUCCUUGUGCCGCUACUACAGCUACAGCUCCAGCACAUGCUCCUCGAGAAGCUUCCAGAGCAUUUUGGCGACAGUGACACGGUGGGGAUGGCUGUUGAAGAUGAUGUCGCCAGGCUUGUCAUCAAUCAAUUCCGGUGGCUUGAUUUCCUCGUCGAUUCCAAGGGGUUUACAGACAAGCUGCUGGAAGUGCUCUCGAUCUGUCCUCUUCAGCUUAAGAAAGAUAUCAUCGGCUCGCUGCCAGAGAUUAUCGGCGACCAGAGUUAUGGGACGGUGGUCGCUGCCCUUGAACGGAUGCUGCAAGAGGACUCGGAGGUCGUCGUGCCAGUGCUUGAUUCCUUCUCCAAUCUAAACUUGGAUGAUCAGUUGCAGGAACAGGUGGUCACCAUAGCCUUAUCUUGUAUCAGGACAAUCGAUGCAGAGGACAUGCCAUUUUUACUUAGAUUUUUAUUGCUUUUGGCCACUCCUGUAAAUGUUCGAAGGAUUAUUUCACAGAUCCGUGAACACUUAAAAUUAUUCAGCAUGCCGGAUCCUUAUGCAGCCAGGAACAAGAAGCUUAAAGGUAAAUCUCUUGCGGAGAGUGCUGAGGCAUCGAUUCUUGAGGCGUUGAGAUCAAGUCUCCGGUUUAAGAAUAUACUAUGCGAGGCAAUCCUUAAAGAACUGAAAUGCCUCAAUAAACCUCGCAAUCACAAGGUAAUUGACGUAUUCUUGCUUAUGCUCAUCUACGCAAAUGGUGGGGCCCUGCAAAAGAAUUCUGAAAAGAUAAUAAAAAAGAAAGUUAUCGAUGGCUGUUUUUCGGAAUCUCUACUCGAUCAAUGCAUUCGUGGGAAUAGGGAAUUAGUACAGGACUAUUUCACCUCGUUUCUCUCUGUUUGCGAGUAUCUACUGGCAUGCAAAGAAAAACAAGCAAUAGAGUUUGGCAUCUAUAUGUAUAUGUGUCUGUUCGAAGAGUUUGCAGAUACAUACUCUAGACAAGAAAUUUUAGGUGCACUAGUCACCCAUAUUGGCUCUGGAAUUAGUCACGAAGUUAACUCUGCUCUAGAGACCAUGAUUCUGCUGGCAUCAAAAUAUUCACAGGAUAUUCUUCCACUUUCUUCCUAUAUAAGUGGUAUCUUGGAUUAUCUGGAGGGUUUCAACAGCACGAAUCUGCAUAAGGUCUAUGAAGUCUUCAGCCAUUUGGCAUUGUCGGCUCGCCCCAAUGCUGAUUCUGUUGGCUCUUCAAUUGCAAAUGAACUUUUGAUGAUUGUAAGGAAGCAGGUUGGUAAUCAGGACUUGAAGUACAAAAAGAUGGGCAUUAUUGGAGCUUUGAAAUUAGUAACCUUUCUUGGCGAUGCGAAGUUUGCUACUUGUCUCUCGUCAUCUCAGAAAAUAAAUAGUGAGGAGGCGUUGGAACUGUUGAAAAUGUCUUUAGACUCUUGCAAAUUGUCGCCCUUGGCCUUGAUUCUAUUUUAUGAUGAAGUGAUUGCAUUAUUGGAGUGUACUACCCUUCAGCCAUCAAUUAUGGAAUGGAUGUGCAAGCAUGUAGGAGAAUUUGAAUCGACUUUUCUAUCUGAUCUUGAGGGAGGCCAAUUGCCAAUAAAAGACUCCCAUCAUGGUUUGGAAGGUGAAUUAUGGAUGAAUUUGGAUGGUGAUCUCUCUCCCAUAUGUCUGAACAUCUUGCCAUUACUUUCCUCUUCCUCACAGCUGUCUUCAUCCUCUUUACAGAUUCUUCCUGCUAACUUUCUAUUACUCUCUGCUGUUGAGAGGUUGACAAAUCAAGGCUCUCUUGGAGGCAUUGAUGCACUACUUGGUUGCCCUUUGCACCUUCCUUCUCCCAAGUAUUUUGUUGGGUCUGUGCGGAAGUCUCUGACAGGAAAGCAGAGACAGAUAGUUUGCCUCUCUCUUUAUUAUGCAAUGAAUUGGAUAAGGGAGUUGCUUAAUGCCUUCUGUUCACAAGUUGCUGGCAAAAUUGAUUGUAUAACACAGAAUACAAGGUUGGAAACAAUUGCAAAGUUACUGAAGCGCUUGAGGAACCUAGUAUUUUUGGAAGGCUUAUUGAACGUCUCCCUCAAAUUGUACUCUCAGUCCCUAUCUGAGCUCCACUCUGCUAUUGAGCAUUCUGAAUCUUCUUUCUCAAGCAAGCUUAACCAUUUGAGGCCUCCAGACAUAAAGGUUGAUCGGGGAAGAAAAUCUGAGUGCACUUCACCAAACAAGAAGAGAAAAUGUACAAGGAACUCGACAGCCCCAGAAAAGUCAGAUCUUAAUGGAAAGUUACGGCAGCCUACCAUUUUGGACGCACUGAAAAGAGCAGGAGCUGUCAUAAGCCAAGAAGGGCCAAAUGAGGGCUCUUCAGGAUUCUCAAGAGCAGGAGCUGUCAUAAGCCAAGAAGGACCAAAUGAAGGUUCUUCAGGAUUCUCGACUAAGGAGAAGGCAUCACAGUCUGGAGAACAGCACAAAUUUGAAUCUAAUGAGCAAGGGCUUGUAGAAAUAUCUGCAGUUCCUAAGGUUCUGGAUGCACAAAGAUUCAAGUUCAGGCCUCUCCUGGUUGACUGUUUGUCCAUUUUAUCCUUUUCACAGAGUGAAAAUUCUUGUUGUUCAGAUCCUGCAGCUGAGCUACCCCUUCAUCUGUACCUUCUCCGUGAUUUUCACUACAAGCUGGAUUACUUGAAUCCUCCAAGCAAACAAUUUCCAGCUGCAUGCACAAUUACUUGCAAAGCUCCACCAGGUCUUGGCAGGAUGACAACUAUUGAGAUUUUGGGCAAGAUUAGACCAAUAUUUCCAUACCUGAAGAAACACUUAGAUAGUGCAAUUUGUAUCCUUGAGGAAGGCCCCGAAACUUGCGAAGACCACUGGAACAUUCAAUCUGCUUCUGCUGGGAACCCAGAUAUACCCCACUUGGUGGUUUCAAAAUCUUCAGUGGCUGCUACCGUGUUUGUAGAAAUCCUUUGUUGCUUUGGCAAGAUGGCAAACCUUCCAGAUCUAUGCAGUCAGAUGAAUUUACCAAUCCUGAUGGAUUUGCUUGUAGCCUUCCAGCCAGGCAGAAUACCAGAUGAUAUUUUUAAAGGCAUCCAGCCAUCUCCUUUACCUGGAAACACAGACUACUUGUAUUGUGCUGCUUAUUCGUUCCUUGAGGAUGUCUUGGAUAAAGCGUGUUCAUUCUCAUUUUUGCUGGCAUCAGAAGCUCUAGUUAGCCUAGAAUCAGUUAUAAACUCAAUCCAGAUAUUCCUUGAUAAGAUGCUGGAAGGAAACGGGAAGAAUAUGAAAACGGGAUUUGCCCAGGGGGUCCUGCCUUUUCUGAGAAACAGGCUUGGAAAUUCUGCACGCAAGCUGUUAGCACAUGACUGGGAUUCUGCAAAUCAUGAGAGUGGCUCAAAGAGCAAAGGAGAAAUAAUACAGAGGACGCUACACAUUUACCUGAAAAAUAACGAAUCCACUUCUGAUCUUCUAGAUGAGCUUGCUUGCUCGAUCUUGCCUCAGGUUCCUUCUGGCAAAACUAAAACCACACAAGAACAAGAUGUUCUUCACGGCUUUCCAACAUUAUGCCCUGCAAUGCUAAUUGUCUGGUACCGUGUACUGCAUGAAGAGAACCUUGCUAUUUUGAACAAGUUGAUUAAAGAAGUGGGUCUGUUGGAGAAGUCCAGAGCUGAUGUUCAACCUGAAGCUGUUAAAAGAGUGUUGAUAAAACUACGCCAGUCGGUGAAUGUGGUUGUAUCUCUUGUCAACAUGUGCAAGACUCAUGACAAGGUCGCUGUGCAUGCCAUGGCAGUGAAGUAUGGUGGGAAGUUUGUUGAUUCUUUCCUAAAAGCUUUUGGCUUCCUUCAAACCCACUUUCGUGCACACAAUGACAUCAUACUUCAAGUGGUCAAAGAGCUUCAGAAGGCAACAAGAAUCAUACAGACCCUCUGUUCUGAGGCCAAGGGGUCGAAGCGGACAAUGAUCACCUGCAAGAUCCCAGCUACAAAGAGGUCUAUGGAACGCUUCUUGUUUCACGUUAAGGCUCUCCUUCACAACACAUCAAAUGGGGAAACUUUUUGGAUGGGCAAUCUAAAACACAAGGACCUACUUGGGCAGGUGGUGAGCUCCCAAGUAUAUGCCAAUGGAGAUGAUGGAGCCAAUGAAGAGGCAGAUAAUCACAUGGAAGCUGAUGAUGAGCAAUGAAUGGUUAGUAGUUGCCAAGGGUAUGGAGAAACUGAAUGAAGUGCUGGGUUCAAUUCAAGUUGAAAUCCAAUCAAGAAGUUUGACUACUGAUUGAACCUCAAAAAUGCACAGUAGCUAAUGAGCUUCCACCAGUUUCUGUCUCGGAAAAAAAUCUAGCUACUCUUACAUUUGUGUUAACAAAGUUGGGUUCCACCAAAACCACACACCCUUUUAAAGGCCCACUUCUUCCUGUAUGGCAGGCUACUGCAAGAAUGAUUACAUGUGCAGCUUCAUUGUAAAUACUAUGCUGUUUUCAGUGUGAUAAAUAUCAUUGAGAUUUUGAAACUCUCGUGAUAAUAUUGGGAAAAAUACACAAAGGGAAUACAGUAAGGGAUCGUUUGGGAGCUUGUAAAUGGAGAGAAAUGGAAUCCAUUUCACAUUUACACUCAAAUCAAGUGUAAAUGUAAUCCUCAAUUGUGUUUGGUAGCUUGUAAAUGACAUGCACUGGAAUCCAAAUAUUCUGUUUGGAUGCCUGUAUUUUGGUGUAAUUGGAAUGCAUUGGAAUUCUUCAAUAUA